UCUUCAGAUCGGUCUUCACGGCCGCAAAGUAUUGUUCUAGUUGAUACAGCACUUCCUUAUACACUGUGGUAUAUAAGCGUGCUUUUUUGUUGUUGUGCCUGCCUAUUUUGCUGCUACACAAGAUCGCCCUAUUAUGUCACGAUGGAAGCAAGUAUCCUCCCUUGUGCAUAACAAGACUCUGGUAUCUUCUUUUGGGGUAAGUUCUCAAGCAGUAUCAUUUGCCCACACGGUAUCUUGUGCACUUCUCCAAAACUACUCGCAUGCUGGCCAGUUGCAGUGAUGUCUUUAAAAUUACUACUCCUUUUGUAGCUUAUUCAUUUACGUAUGCAAGCGUAUUUAUUUUUUCGUCUGCCUGUUUGCUUAUUCAGCAGUAUUUUUAUUUGACGCAGUGUCUGUUCCACUGCUAUCCUCGCUAUGUUUAUUCUCUUCAUUCAGCCUUUUAUUUUCGUUCGACCGUUUGUGAAAUAUCACUCAGUUUGUAUGUUAUUUCGUUCAUCUUUCACUCAUUUAGUAUUUCCUUUUUAGCUUUUACUUGUCAUCUCCUCGACCUAGUUUUUAAUUGUAUUCACUAUCUCUCUUCAGUGGCGAUUAGUGCACAUAAAACUAAAACAUGCUCCAUAACCUUGAACUACGAGGAAACACUGACACAACCCAGCCAGUAUAUUUCAUGCCACUGGAUCUCAUUCAAGACUUCACUUAAAGAGUGAAUAAUUAACCAAGAUAAUUGUGAGACGGGCACUGCGACAGAGGACGCAUUCACAAAAGGCCAAUAUUUUCUUCAACAUAUAUAUAUCUCCUUUAAUAUUAAUAGCAACCCUAGGCUUUCACGCCUUAUAGUAGAAGUUGAAAAGAGUCUAAGGAAACUACCCUGUAGUACACCUUCACUGACCUUUACAAAUUAUUUCAACGACGAUAGGCGAUUUAUUUUUGUUCUUUCUUUUUUGAAUUGUAGUCAGAAACCUUGAUUGUUCCUUCUUUCGGUUAAUUUCCUACGGUCAUUAAUUCAUUUAUUUGACUCUCGACUUCCUCUCCUUACCAUAGUUUUAUUUCUCCCGGUUGCUCGGCGUUUUCGUCUGUCGUUGUUUGAAAGAGUCUGAGAAGGCGAUUAUAAUGUAAACUGCUGACCGGAAUGCUUUUUAAGGAAGUUAGCGAAAGUUACACCACAAGUUGAUGUUUUGUUGUGAAGUAUUGAAAGAACCUGCCAUGAUAGUUGUGACUACCUUGCCACAUCACUUACAUUUUUAUUGUAUUUACUUAUUGAAGGCAAGAAUUAUAACAAAAGAGAAGUUAUUAUUAAGUGUUAAAGGUCUUAAAUUGCUAAAAAUACAUUUUCGUAAAAAAAUCCAAUACGGCUACCGGUUGCUAGUGUGUGUUUGGGUUGGCAUUCAAAGGGUUGAAUUUCUUAUCAUUAAUCUACAUCUACCCCUCCCUUCAAAAAUAAUCAGGGAGGGGGGAGGGGCAAGCAAAUUGGCGAAAGUCGAAGCAACCCUACUCCCCAUUAAAAACUGGCCUUAACAAAAAGGGUAUAUCAGACCUACAAAGAUGCAGAUCAGUCAGCUACUAGAGCUGUUUACAAGACAGGAGUUUUUAUCUUCAUAAAAGGACACUUUUAUAUCACAGAGAUCAGAUUUAGAAUGACGUUUUCCUCAACUUAUAUCAAGUGACAACGCUUUCCCUUUACUUUUCGUUUUACUCUUCGUUAUAAAUAAAUAGUUUCAAGCCAGGCUGACAGUUUUUAUCUGCUCAUUUCGUAAUUUGAGAAAUUGUCAUGAAGUUAAAUCUUACGUUUGGCGUUUGCUGUUUUAAUACGCGAGUUUAAACCUCUUCGCAAUGAAGACAUCGUUAGUUCAGAAAUUGUCCAGAAUUCUCUUUCUCCAGAUAGGAUUGCUUUUAUUGCUUUUAUUGUUGGUUGGUAAAACAACUGUCAGCGGUAAACGCAUUUCUCGGGGCGCUUUCCAUUUACCAAAAGAUUCCUGAAAUUCCGGUUGGUCGUUCCGCCGAAAGAUUUCUGGGAGCAACGGUUGUUUACCAUUUACAAUGCAAACUGGUCGGUUCACACUGUAAGUUAAAUGGUAAGCAAAAUUCAAGGCUGGUAAAUUUCGUCCCGGAAUCAACUUUUGCAGUUUGUUCAAAUCAGUUCCGACAUUAACCGAAACGGCCACGAAGGACUGAAACUGGUAUCAAAGAUGGCUUUAAUUGAAGAAAGGGAACACGAAUUUCCGUUUGGAACGUUCCGUCCGGAAAAAUAGGGCCUACCUUUUCUGAUGUUGCUCCCGGAAAGUUUCCGCUGGAAAGACCCAAGAAAUCGGUGUGUUCUAUUUACCGUUCCAACCCAGAGCAUAGCGAGCGCUAACAACCAACAAAACAUCUGAAAAGUUAAUCCCGUUUCUCUAGAAGGAAUGUUGCAGAGAGAAAUUCCUGUUCCAUUUCUUCAAAGUCAACUUUGAUGCCAGUUUCUGGCUUUUGCACCCUUUUUUUGGUAAAUGGAACUGUUUUGUGCAAAUGGUAAACGCGACUGCGGAAUGAAAUUUACCAGUCCUGAAUUUUGUUUACCAUUUACUCAAACCGUGAACCGACCGGUUUGCGAAUGCCCGUGUAAACAAUAAACAACCUAAAUCUCUCUUUGUUUAUUAUUAUUUUGCGGUCCAUCUUUUGAGUAACCGCUAAAUUUUCAAUUAUUUGAACGGAAGGUACAUCGUCUCUGAGCAUUCCUUUCAUUUUCAUUGUUGGUUCCUAAAAGCUACGAAAAAGGAAAUCAUAAUUUUUUAUUUAUUGGGUAUUGUACACAUUGCCCUAUCAGAAACCGAAGGGGUACCACUGAAUUCAGAGGGCUUCAAUCAAUAUCAUCUUAAAAUGAAUUAUAAACACCAAGUAAGAAUAAAAGACACUAGUUUGCUUUCCCAAAACAAACGUCAAAAAAAAGACAGAUUAGGCUAGCGAAAUACAAUAUAGCUAUGAGAAACAAUUUGUUUCUGUGAAAACUCAUAUUAACGAUAAAUGUAAAAUAGGGAAAUCGAAACGUAUUUGGAAUUAUUAAAGCUCUCUUCAUUAAAAUAUGGCAUAAUAUUUGCUCGAGAUUCUUCAUUAUGUAUGAUUACACUAGGUGUCGCAGAAAAAUGGGAAUAAUUUAUUUUCAAACCGUUAAAAAACGCUUCUGUAUCUCGAACGAAGCAAUAAAGUUGUUUUUAUUUUAAAGCGAUGUCCAGCAGUGUACAUUUUCUUGGCUUUGAAUUCAGUAUUAAAUUUUUUACUGCGAUCGGCUUAUUAUUUUGUCAAAAAAGAGCGAGGCCCGGAAAUUCACAUCUCAUUAUUUCCAUAUUAAUAGCUUUACUACUUAUUUAAAUUUGGUUUUCAGGCCAUCAAAGUGAUAUUCACCACGUAACAAUUUUUUCUGAAGCGGGUUCUUUUCAGUUUAAUUUAAAUAAUGUUAUAGAUGCCCAAAUUGUAAUGCUGUCUCCCGAGUGUUCGAAUAGUCUGCCAGUUUAUGAUCUUGUGAGCCUAAUCAUCGAGUCAUGUAGAGCAACAAAAGGAAUCAGGGAUCAGUGAUUGUUAUACUGAGCGACUCGAGCCGGGCAAUGAAAAAAAGAAGUCGCUGUAGACUUUUAAUAUGUUUAUGGUAUAGCCAUUAUAAAAGUUCCUGCAUGUCAUAUUCGACUUGAAAGGUAAGGUGUUUGAUUUUACAGUGCUCUGACCCUUUUUGUUAUUUUGGUUUUUAUUUUUAGCAAAGGGCAAGUUACACUUUUACCCCAAACAAGGAAGAGGUUAUCGAAUCAAGGUGAGCACAAUUGCUUUAAUUUCUUCCUUGAGACGUAAAAAUAUCAACAAAGCUAAAGUAUAUUUUUAUUUAAAAUGACAGUUAUUUCUCACGCGUUCCACCUAUGGAAGACAAAUAAAAACACUAACUCGUAGGUUUUGCGUUUGAAAUUAAAAUUCUAAGUUGAUACUCAUCGCCUUGAUUUAGAGUGAUUAUCAUAAGCAACCUGAAGGUGACUAUAAACAACAAUGCUUUUAUAAGAAAAUAAAAAACAUUGUAGCCUCUAUAUGAUAAAAAACGGGGGUGGCUAUGGUGGAUUAACUUGCGAUCAGGCUCUAUUUUUACUUCGCUUUUUAAAUAAAAUUGUUGCGGGAAAGGCGAAAUCAAAAUCUGGCCGCAGCAGCACAGGCGUGCAAGACUUUGUAUCAGGCCCAAUUUUAGCACGACCACGUAGGAGAGAAUGUAUGGAAGCCGCUAAAAUUGAUUGGGUUUGAUCUCAGGUUAAGAGUAGAUUUAAGACCUCGCGCCGAGACACAAAAACAAGCGACCGACCGACCGUCAGUUGUUCAGGCAAAAAUAUGCAAAAUUUGAAACAAAGAAUCAAGUUUCGGAGGGGCUUGACAGCGAGUCGUGGCGUAAAAAAUGCGCAUAUAAAUCUUCAAAUUCGAGACGGCACUUAACAAAAUUGGCUUAAACUUUACAUCUCCCCUUUAUUCUAAGAGAUUUUUAACGUUACAGGUAGCUAAGAUAUCUCCCUGUGCGUUAAAUCAAACGGUCAAUAUUCAUUGCAGUUAAGGAGGCUUAAUUAAACGAGUUAAAAAAAACUGACUAUUUUACAUGCAACUUAAAUUUACUUAGGAUCCACGACAAAUGAACUAACUGUGAAUAAAUAACUCGAAUUUUUGUCGAUGUCUAUAAUAUUCUCAGCAAGAUCAGAUUUCUAUUAUCUACACCAAAAAUAAAGUGAUAAAAUUUUAAACAAAACUCGACUUUUGAGUCUCGAUGUUCGCAGUGGCAACCACAUGACUAGAGCAGACAAUUAAUGCUUGAUGUUUUUCUUGGGUAUUUUUUAAUGAAGACUUAAUUAUGAUAGCUUCGAUCAAAACAAUCACAAUUCCUUUUUUCAAAAUGCAAUGAAUAUUAUUUAUAUAGAUGCCUUGCGAUUCCUGUUCAGAAUAAAAUUCAAAAUAAAUGAUAAAUCACUACGCAUCAGCCGCAAUUUCUAUUUGCCUUUUCCCAAUCAUAUUCAGAUAAGUUUCUACGGACCAGAGUGAUUGUGUGGUUGACCCGGUAAUGAAAUUAUAUAGCAACAGAGACAAGCGAGCGGAACAUUCAUUAUCAGUAAAAUAAAUUAUCUUGUUUUCCUGGGAGAGCAGCAUAUGUUUGUCUUUAAGCAUUAUUCACUUCUUACCAACUACAGUUCUAAAUAUAUAUGUUUUUCUCCCCGUAUAUUCGUCAGAAGAUUAUCCUAGACUAAUGGUCACUAAUCACACGAUAGCCUGCGUGAAACAGCCGACAUGUUGCAACGCUUCCACUGGUUUGCCCGCGAAAGUGUCAUUUCGCGGGGAAACCAGUGGAAGCGUCGCUAAAUGUCGGCUGUUUUCUCAGGCUACCUGCGUGCAGCCGUCUCCUAAUUCAGUUUCCUGAGCAACAAAGGAAAUUAGAGACGUCUACAAUCACACGAAAUUCUGCCUCAAAAAACGUUUGCCUAACUUUCCAAUAAAGACCGGUCAAUAAAAGCUGCAAAUGUCAGCAGUAUAUAUAUCUAGCCGAUUUUUUGGAAACGAAGCUAGCGGAAUUUCAGCCAUUUGGGUGACAAAGGGCUCCCAAACAGUUUUUUUGGGGUCCGGUUAAGUUCGAAAUUACACUAGCGAAGCAAAAGGAAAGGAGAAAAGAAAGAGCGAGGAGGAAGAACGGAGGAGAAGAGAAAAAGGCAAAGGUUGCACUCUUAGUUUUUAUAUUGGCUACUUUGGAGCAGAAAAAACGCUAAAAAACAAUAAUUGACGGAAUUGAAGAAGUCUAUUUGGCGGCAAUGUCUUCAAAACUUCGGCGAGAUACUACUAUAAAAAAAAAUGGUAAAAGAAAAUAGUGCGGCAACUCUGUCGUGGGGAAAUACAAUGGGAAAAUAACUCAACUUGUUUGUUUAAAAAAAAAAAAAAACAAGAACAAACCCGUGAUGAUAUUGCUAUUGUUGCAUCCGGGAAUUUAGGGGAAAACAUGCAACUCGCCUCAGCGUUAUGCCCUUAGGGAUUUCUAGAUGAUUUUACCGGACAAAAUAUAAUCAGUCAAUAUAUACUGCGUCCGGUAUGACAUCCUUUCUUGAAUCUUUCCAGUGGUUCUGCUUUUUGCCAUUAGAUUUGAAACCGCCUGGGGCUAUAUAUAUAUAAAAACUCGUUCUGUUUGCCUCAACAAGGGAAGCAAAGCUCGCGGCAAAUGUGUGCUAUUGAUGACAAGGCUAAGCGUUAGUGCACGGUCCGUUCGGUGCGCGAGGUCCCGAGUUCGAUCCCCGGGGACAUCACAUCCUUCUCUCCACUUCUCUUUUUUCUAUGUAGCUUUGACUAGCUUUAAAUGCUCUUAAAAGGGAACAUUGAUGGAUAGAGGGGGGAAAAAUGAGCGCACCGUCGACCUCAAGUUUAUCAGUUAUUAUUACUGUCUCGAGUUACUGAUGUAAUCUAUACGAAAAGGCGUCAACAACGCUGUUACCCAUGCAGGCCUUUCCACUUGGUGAAAAAUGGACGGUCCAAGGAUAAAUUGCCAACCAUGUUCCAACUGCUUUUCCCUGAGAAAAUGGGAGGGGAGGGCGUGGACGAGGCUGACGAAUGUGUUGGUUUGCCGCCUUAUUGGCAAAGACAGCAAAAGAUGUUGUUUGAAACAUCUGACACAAGAUCGAACAAGGCAGUUGUUAAAGUUUGAUCUUUCUUUGGUCCACAGAUUCCGUUUACGAUACAGUACCACGUGUGACAGUUACUACAGAGACUGGUUUGAUACCAUAGAUCCAUCCUCAAAGGGAGUAAUCCCGGGAUGGGAUAAAGCUAUGUUCUCUGUUGACAACGUGCGCCGACACUUAAACGAAGACAUUGGCCAGGUAACGCACCCGUUGGCCGAGUUUAUACUAGAGACAACCGGUUAUCCUUCUUGGCGAUUUUUACCCGUCAGACUACUAAGCUUUACAGGGUAUAUCGCGAAUCAGUUAAUGACCAGCUGCCUGUUGGCUCGCUACAAGAGCUCAAUUAGUUAGAGCACUGUACCUGCAUCGCAGAUGCCAGGGUUUGACUCUCUUGACAAGCCUGAAAUUUUUCAGGCUUUCUUUUCGCAGGUGCAUAAGUUGCGUCUUUAACGGCGGUGAUCUUCUUUGAAUUCAUUAAUUCCUCUAGGUAUAAAUUCGAGAGACAAAUUUAUACGAAUCUUUAGUUUGAGGAAGGAUUUAGACAGAAAAAAAGGAAACAAACUGGCGGCGCUCAUAGCCCUUUUAAUCGAUUUUAAGGAGUUGCUUGAAGGAAAUUCUUAGAGACUGAGGAGUAUUUUAGCUAAAUAGUUGGCUGGCAAAGUGCAUGAUUGAAUUGGCAACAGUGGACAUUGAUUUCAUCAACUAUCGGCUCGUCCGGAAACAAAAUAAAGAUGCCGCGAUACAGCAACAACGAAAUGUGUGGAGAAGUGUUUAACCAGUUGGUACGGGAAAAAAAGGAAUCGAGGUUCUUUUUAUGCUUAGAAAUCUUCCAAAGAAAUAGGUAUCAUUCUUUCUCAGGUUAAAAUUUAGGCCAAAACUGUCUUCGUUCUUCGUCUAGGUAUAAAUUCAAUGACGGAUUAUCCGUGUCGGACGAAUCACGAAGACGAAUGUUGGCCUAAAAUUCGUCUAAACACCAACUCAUCUUUGACGGAUAAUUCCCUUCCAGUAUAAAAUUAGCCGACAUCAAAUGGCAAAUGUUGUUCUAUAAUGUAAAGCCAUGUCUUCCUGAUAAGAAGAGAACUGCCCCCAAGUUCAUUGGUUUCAGGAAAAGGAGAAUAUUCGUUAAGCUUUAAGUAUUGGUCAAGCUGGGCUGCCUGUUCUCUCAAGGUAUUCCCACCUUUAUUUCCAGUUUCUUUCUUGUCCACAGGUGUACCUAGAGAGGGUGCCGGGAUCCAGUACAGGGUGUAUCAAAUGGCACAUAGAUUUUGGCUGCUGUGGUCUGCUGGUCGAGGAAGUCACCCUCCGACUGUCAUGCAUAGAGGAAUACGGAGGAGAAAUCACUGUCACCAUGACGGGAAUUACAGGCCAAAAUCAUGUUCGUUAUACUGUAGGUAAGAAAAUCAAGACUGACAAUAGUAUCCGAGUUUUACAGAGAUUAAAGGGGCUGUGACACUGCUAGUGAUUUCAUUUUGUUUAUAAUGCCACUUGCUCGUCCUUAUUCGUUACGAAAAUUGGGAAUUACUUGUGGAUGACAAAAUCAUAGCUUUUUUUUAAGUUUUGAGCUGUUAUUUUUAUGUUUCACUUCAUUUGGUGUCAGUUUCCUUUGUUUAAAUUUUGGUAAAUUUCGUGGCACAGCUCCUUUAACUAGACAAAUAUUGUGCAAGGUUAUAAGUUUACAUAGGGAGCAAGAGUAAGACAAUACAUGUUACAUAUCUUGUUGGUCGCCUCAGGCUGUAUAUCAUAAGAUAGUAGAACGGAGUCGAGUUUUCCAGCAAGGUAAAAAUUAAACAAGAUCUUCUUCUUGGCACUUUUCAAAUGAAUUGUAAUCGAAAUUAAGAAUUGUUUUAAAAGCCCCACCAGGGCAGGGCCAAAAAGUAGUGAAUCCAUUCCAGGCCUGGCUGCUCAAAAGGUGGAUAAGGCAAAAAUCGCUAUCCAAUGGAUAGCGCAAUUGGUUUGAACAAUACUUAUCCGCUGUAUGGUGAUUUAUCCGGUAAAUACUAGCGCUAUCCAACUUUUACCGAACAACCCAGGUAAGGAUUAAUACACUGAACGUUUGUUUCUUCUUUUCAAUUUACACCAGGUAGCGACUAUGUGACGUACACAGAAUUGCAGAACUCGCCAGAAUUAACUCUUGCUGUUCAUUUCGUUGGAGAAGCUGACCAGGUUACUCAGCUGUUUCCACAGAACAUUCUGGGUGGUAUGGGAUAUCCGCUGGACAUCCAAGUCAUUCUUAAGGUGGGUCUUCAGUGGUCACGUGGUCACGUAAGGGACAUAUACGUGGCAAAGGCUAUGCUAUGCCUCGGGCGAGGCUCGGAAGACUGUUCCCAUUUUUGGCCAAGGCCAAUUGAGCUUAAUUCAAGAACAAAUUCGGAGACUUGGAGAAACCCUGGUGCACUACAAUCCGUAAGGUUCCGAUAGAGCCUCAACAGCUGUUUCGUCAUUUUGUGCCUUGUCAGAAGGGCACCGAACAACAGAAAAGUUUUUCUAAGAAAUACCAGCAGUUAGACUCGGUGAAAAGCAAAAGUUCAAGUGUCGCUGUACAUUUUGCCAUGAUUUUGUCCACUUUCAUGGUUGGUUCUGGUCACCCCAUAUUUUCAUUGCGUGAUUUCAACGCGACAAUAUGCUCUCGCCCUUCCGUAAGCACAUGACAUAGCGUGAUUCGGGGGGUGUGUGUCCAGUAAUGUGUAGGACUUUUAAGGCAGAUUGCGCGGUAUUUUUAGCAGGAAUUUUCUAUUGUAACGCCAUCCUGACAAGCCAAAAAAUGGCGCAGCAGCUGUCAACGGUUUCAUCUCUGAGAAAUUUUCACACUUCUGGUAUGUCUUCCUGAUCAAACGUCUCACAGGUCCUACGUUCUGUAUCAUAAAUUAGUAAAAUCCAACUAGUGGCCUAUUAUCAAUGCUGCGUUCUGAUUGGUGGAGCUCCUACUAGGCUAUAUGUUAUAGCCCACUAGUAGCGAAAAACGCCGGCUUUGAAAACCAAAACAAUGGCGGCUGAAUCGCGUUUUGCUAGAUAAAGUUGUUUUGUCUCGACAUUUUUAACCAACUAGUUGGAUUUUACUAAAACAAUUAUUCCUCUCGCCCUCAUGGCUCCGCCUCGAGGUCCAACCCCUUACCCUUUUAUAUAUCAUUUUUGACAGAAAAGAUAUCCCUUUCGUAUACCUUCUAUUGACAAAUGGUACCCCUUCCACAUACCUUGUUUAGAACUUUGCACCCGUUUUCUGCUGUAAAUGUACUAUCUCCUAAAUAUGAAUAAAUCACUAAACCAGAGUGUUUUUUGACUUUUCACAGAUGUAAAAUGCACGGCUGUUAGCCCUUUUGGACGUUUUUACGGAUUUUUACAGACCGAAAUGGUAGAUUUCCCUAACCUUUAAUAUACCUUAAGCCUGAGAAAGGCACCCCUUUCGAGUGGAGCCUCCCAGUAUAGGAAGUACCCCCCCCCCCCGGGAGUCAGGACUGUUGUUACCUGGAAGAAUGUAUCAUCUUUCGCUUUUCUUUAGUGUUCUUUCUCCCGUGUGCCCCAAGAUUCUCUUUGUGGCCUAGAAACCCAAGUUGUUGGAGGGGAAGGCUCAUAUUGUUUCUAUUUUUCACUUUUUGCCCAGCAACCUCUAAGUUCCUUGGGUAGACCGAGAAUCCUCGUGGGUCUGCUCUACAGUAGCUCACAAGAAACUGAAGUGGAUGCCAGACAUUACAAACAAAACACAAGUAAUCAAUCAAGCCAAGGCUUUCUUCAUAUUCACCUGUUCCGAGGAAGGGAUUUACCGCAAGGAAAACCGGGCUCAACAGAGACUUUCUCAAAAUGGUAUGCAACGAGAAGUGCUCGCUUGAAAAAGUUGUCUUUCUAAUAUUGGGUUCCCUGUGGGCAAGGUCUUGACCCAACAGGGGAGGGGAAGGGAGGGGGGGGAAGAGCAGCAUUCUCUUCCAGGUUCCUCGCCAUACCAUCUUUCCUAAACAGGAAGAGUAAUCAAAACCGCAAAAGUCUUUAAACGGAAGCCAAAGGAAUCAUAACAGACAACACACUAUUAAAAAUAACAUGAGAAAACAGCCCACAUUUCGAGACGCCACCAAUGAUUUCCUGGCGAAAUGACGUCUGAGGAACCAAACGUAGAAAUUCCAUACUGAUGACACGUCACGCUGGGUAGUGCUACUGAUUGGUUGAAAAUUUGCUUCAUCCAGCCAGAAGUACUACCCAAAUAUGGGUAGUGACACGUCAUCAGUAUGGACUUAUUUCUUCUGUCGUUUCUCAGAAGUCAUUUGUAGCGGAAACCAGUGGUGGAGUCUCGAAAUGUAGGCUGUUUUCUUAGGCUAACUAAUGAAGUUACAACUAAACAACUGACUUUUGACAAAACGCUGGUGGGAAAACUAAGCACUGAAAUUCAUCUAUUAGGCACCCAUUGCUGAAAAGUAGGUCAUACUCCAGUUAACGUUUCUUUAAGUGUAGACCCUUCUAACACACUAGAGGCAUCUCUUUUAUUUAGAGAAAAAUCUCACUGACAGACUAUGGGUCGGCUGCAUGAGACCUAACAAUGGGCUCAGCUAACGUGUAGCGAUGAUAAAAUACUGAAAGAGUUUGCCUCGGCGGAACAUCAAAAGAUAGUAGUUAUGUCCGUCAUUAAGAUUUAUGCUAACUGACCCCCGUUUUUGAUUUUGUAUAAUGAACAAGGAAUAUCCUUUUUGGAACUGUCUUAAAACCAUGUUAACACAAGGGGCUUACUGCAAAACUUCAAGACAUGGUGCCACAACUCGCGGCUUGAUUAAGGUGUCCUGAAGUCACUUAUGUCCAGAGAUACACGCAUGCAAUGGUGCAAAUGUCGAAACUGGUAAAAAAUCGCCACGGGGCUGGCGAAAAUUUAACUGAGAUUUCAAAAGGUGCUCCUUAUUAAGUGGCGAAGUUCAACUGAACAUUCUGUCUUUUGAAUAAGUAUUUAUUCAAUAGCACUUGCUUGAGUGGUAAGUAAGCUAUGACAACUCUCGAUACUUUUUCUCGAGGCUAAAGUAAUUGAUAUUAACUUUAACUGAUGUUUGUUUGUUUUCUCCUUAGUUAUCUUCUUCCCGAUGCCAAGAAGACAACCAAGUGCCGAACAAAGGCACGAAAAGGAAAAGAUCCUUAUUGGAAUGAACAAUAUCUUGUGGUCGGCAUCAACUAUCACGAAAUUAAACGCCGUGCGCUGGAGAUAUGCAUAGCUGACAGUCGCACUUCCGUCGGAAAGAAGGCGAAGUUCAUCGGAGGUCUUCGUCUCAGCCUCGGGUACGAGGCAGUUGUAAGUGCGCAAACCAAACAAGUUAAUCAAGUGCUUCGGUUUCUGAAACUCAAAGGAGCAGCAGGGGAAAAGAAAGAUCUUCAAAGAAAAGUGUCCUUUAGUGACAAGGAGACUGUAAUUGGAAGUGUGAACUCGAGCUCGAUGAAAUGGAAGAAGGCAGCUUGGACCCAUGUAGCAACUGAAUGCAGUGUGGACAUGAACAGAAACGAAGAGAAUGGAGAAAAGGUAGAAACUACGAAGGAACAAGAAUCUGCGGCAGAUAGGGAGGAUAUAAAGAUUGUUAACAACAACGAAAAUGACGCCAAGAAAGAAUCUCACAAAAGGGUAUCUUAUUCGUCGAGUGCAGAGGAAAUUCCAACCGUAUGGUACUCGGCCCCAGAUCUCGCUGAGAAUCAAGAGAAAGUCCCGGUCACAAGCGUUACUCGCCCUGAAAGAAACAGCACAGACACAUCAUGUUUUCAUACGGGGAUCUACAAUGCAACACACGAUGGUGAGUCGGAGGAAAGGAGAAGGUUAGAUUUAGCCAAUCAACGACUUCUCCAGUCUUUGAUGAGCUCCAUUAAGGAACUAGAGUUUGUGCCUAGUCCUGGUAACGAGGAACAGUCUCCAGGACAACGAGUCAAUGACUCAAAACAAGACGAGAUCAAAAGAGGUAUUGAAGAAAAUGCGAUUGUACUUAAUGUCAUACGGAAGGAGAACAAUAUCACAAAAGCGGAAAGCGAGGAUCUGAAUUGCACGAAGUCAUCCGAACACUCCCGACAUGAAAAUGACCACGGGUCAAAUAAAGAGGAUAAGGAGGAGGUUUGCACACCAACAGAGGCCCCUAAUGAAGAAAUAAGCACAACAGAAACAAAGAAAACAGGAAAAGUUGAAAUAGACGCAGAGGCCUUAGAAAGCGAGAACAUUUCCCUUGAAAAAGAGACCGUCAAGGCAUUUACAGUUUCGAAGGAAAUAAAACGAAGCUCUUCAUUCAAUCUUAAAGACUUUGGAAAGAAGCUUGGCUUGCGCCAACGUAUCAAAUCAGGCGAAGACAACGGUCUCAAUGCUAACUUUGAAACCAAGGCAGAUAAGGUUAUGCUGGACGCACAGGGACUGGAGAUAACACAGUGGAAAUUAAUGGUUGAACGACCAAAAGAGUGGCAUUACUGUUGGCAUAUUUUAAGAUCGGAAAUGACCAUCCUACAUUAG